CACCGCCCCCCCCCUCCCCCUCGUGCCGCUGUUGUUUUUUUUCCUUGGUCGCCACCCGCGCGCGUCUCACACGCGAAAAAAAACCAAGCAUAGCCUCCCUUCUGAUGUAUUAAACAAAACACAGCACAACACCGAGGCACAGCAGCCCCGGCGGCGGCGGCGGUGGCACAACAACCACAACAACAUCAUCGCCACCACAGCGAGGAGGAGGAGGAGGAAGAGAAGGAGGAAGAAUUAGGAUUCAUUUUAAAAGGGAACGCGCGGAAAAAAAAAACUCCACUCAGCAGAAGGAAGCUACCGCCUAGGAGCGAGGAGCUGCAGGGCACGCAGGCGAGCCAGCGCGAGGGGACCUCGCGGCUCGGAGGAACUGCAGGAGACCGUUACUGCACGGUCCCCUCGGGCCCCCGCGGAGCCGGCGCCCUGCGAUGGGGGCCCCGGGCCCGGCGUGAACGACGUGGGGCCCCGGCGCCCGCGCCAUGGGAGACGCGGCCAGCCCCAGGGGUAAAGGCGAGAGCGGGGAGGCGGCAACGUCGCUAGCGUCCUCGGGACCACCGUCGCCGUCGUCAUCGUCACCCCUACGAGAUGUCGAAUGAUAACUCUUGGCGGCGGACGUAAUGGUUAUAGAGUCUCGGAAUGUCUUCAAUGGAGAGUCCUCCGGAGGGCGCCGAACCUCUUGAGCCAAGUGGCCCAGCGGACAGCACGGACGCACAGCUUGCCCCCGCGGUCUCCGUGGUGGAGGGGAGUGGCACGGCGCUGAACCAGGGCGUCGGCGGUACCGGCGCCAACAGCGAGGCAGAUGCGACCAUCGACGAGCGCGUUGCGGCCACCCAGGAGACCGCUGUAGCCGGUGACGUUGGGACCGACUCGGCGACGGCCAAGGAGUCGGACGUUCUCACAGAGCCGAAGGCGGUAGCGGUGCAUCCCCACGGUGCUCGGGACGUCGCUGACGAAGCGGAGUCGACCUGCGAUACUGCUGCGCCGGCAUCCUUCGCAGGUCAACCUGUUGCUGCUGCUACAGUUCUAUCGGAGGACGCCAGUGCUAAGGAGGUGACGGAAGACACGCACAGUGAUGGGAGCGGAGGUGGCGAGCAGCAGGGCGACGGUACGUGGCCGCAGGGCCCUGCCAGGACUUCAGGAGGGCAAGACUCUUUGGCCGAGACGUCGAACUCCGCAGAUGGAGUAGAGCGGCUACAGAGUGGUUGCAUUGAUUCCGAAGGCGGAAACAACGAACCGCCAUCUGGAAACAAUACGAGCUUGGGAGUCGGCGUUGAAGCUGGAGUCGGUGCAGUGGGGGAAGAAAGAGAGUGUGAAAGAACUAACACUGAUCACGUUGAAUCGGAGCAGCAUGCAGGGGAUGUUAACACACCAGCUGAGGUGGGAGAGAUGCAAACAACUGAAGAGCUCUCUGUUGGGCAGAGGAUUGUUACAGAAUCCAAGGAUGUUGCUGUGGAAUCGAUGGGCCCCACUCACGUGGAUGCAACAGCGGGGAAGGCAGACAAUGCGGCAUGUGGUGAUGGUCAAGGGGACGCUAACGAUUUGGAGGUGGCUGGCGGAGCGGUCGAUACUGCGCCUCACCAGCGUGGUGGCGUGUCCGAGUCGUCGUCUGUGCCCAGUGCGAGCGUGAGCCAGGCGAGGGGGGAGUCUGUCAUCUCCUGCGCUGGGACGACCGAGCCGGAGCAGCUGAACCCUGAGGCUGUCGCCGACACAUGUGAAGCCACUUCGGCAGAGGAGGUUGCCAAGUCGUCAUCGCUUGUUACAGAAACGGUCAAAAGGGAGCAGAUUGUAGCUGAAGAAGAAAUUUCUAAGUCACUUGAAGCGGAGCCACGUGAUGCGUCGGCUGCGUUGGAGAUCGAGGCCGGAUCAGUCGUUGUGACGGCUCCGUCCGUGGUUCCAGAUUGUGGUGAUGAAUUGAAAGUUAACGGCACUGACUCUGCUGCGAAAGAUACUUUGGGCGCGGAUUUAAAUCCACACGGGCGAACAGCGGAUGCGGACGAGUCCAAAAGACCUCCACAGGAUGACGAUGCGCGCUGUGCUGGCGCCGGGCUCGCGGCCAACGAAAACGUGCCAAUCGUAGAGACCAGCCCAGCCACUGCCGUUGGAAUGGAGGGCGAGGCUUCAUCAGGGUUAACAGCACCCGAAAGCGCUGAAGCAACGGCUAAAUCGAAGGAAGCUUGUGGCACGGCACCUGUGGGAAAUGUUGCGGGAACAACGGACGCUGCUCAAGCCGGGCAGGUCGUUGCGGAUGGAGACCAGGUUGGGAGCCUGACGACGCCGGCUCCAGGCGUAAGCGAGUCGACGAACAACGUGCGUAAUGAAGUGUCCGCCGUUGCAAAAGCCGCGAAGGGGGGCGACGCUUUGGGGCAGAAGGUCACGUCAAGCGCAAGUGACGGCACUGGCGCGGACUCCGCCGAGGAGCACACGGAGGCUUUCCUGGAGGUGGCCUCGGAGGUGUGCAUCGAAACGACGGAUGAACGUGGCGCGUCGGGAAGUAAAAGCGAGGUGGUGGGCGCCUGCGAUGCGUCUCUGACCGUGGGAUUUUCCAUUACGGGCGAUGAGGCUGGGGAGUCCAGCUCUGCAAGAGAGAGUGCUUCGGAGUCCACCGUGCCCGCGAUACCUGCGCACGUGGAAAUGGACACCGAGAUGCCAUCGCCCCGACCGCACGUGGAGGAUGGAUUACGGGUCGCGUCGAGCGUGGCAGAGGCCGCACUGCUCAUCUCGGACACGCAUGCCUACGCGAUCAGGAGGGAGAACCCGCACGUGUCGAGCCAGCCACAUGGCAACGCAUCCACAUCGCAAGAAAGAUCAAAAACAGGGGAGCAGUGUUCCCGCGGUCAUCGCAGCGACACGGUGGAGAAAGCCUGCCAAAGCAACACAUCGGCCAGUGAAGAACUUCAUUCUGUGGAGACGAUAGUCACCAGCGCAGUAGUAGCAUCAAUAGCAAGCACAGAAGGGGGGGAUACUGUAUUGGUGGAGGAGGGCGGCGUAGCUGUGUCUGGUGUUGAUAUUGCUCCAACAGCAGUAGUGCUGACGGAGGCUGCGGGUGAAGUGACACCUUUUGUGGAAGACCUGGCUGUUGAUGACGGUCCUGGUGCUAAGACGGAGACGGAAGUGGAGCACUGUACCAUCGACGAAUCGCCCGCUAGCCCAGAACUCGCGGGGAAGUCCAAUGGCGGAGUACUCGGCAGUCCCGUGCAAACUGUUCUAGUGAAAGUUACGGUUCCAACGACUUCUGAGGACAAUGUGCAGGCAUCCUUGCAGGCGGAUGUACAGGCGCAGGCUGACAUGCACAAAGACACACGGCCACGAGAAAGCGUAGAUGUGGAUGCACAGACGGACGCACAGACAAAAGCGGAUGUACUGACGGACACGCAGGCACAGGAAGAUGCACCCACAGAUAUAAAAGCACAGGUGGAGUUGUCGCCGGUGAGCGUAAGCGCGCAGGUGGAUUCACAGGCAAAUAUACAGGCAGACGCACAGGCAAACAUGCAGGCAGACACGCAGGCAAAGGUGGAAACGGCAGCACAGAUCGAGCCCCAGGCAGACGUGCACACGCAGCCGCAGACAGAAGCGCAGGCGGACACGCAGGCAACAUCACGGGAAGGAACGAUAGCGGACGCUACAGCACCGGCAGACGUACAAGUGCAGGCAGACACGCAUGUUGAAAUGGUGGAGGAGAAGAUGAUCGCCGAGACACACGCAAAUUCACAGGCGAAUGCAGAGGCAGAUGUGCAGGGGCAGACGGGCAAACAGGUGGAGAGACAGGUGCAUGAUGACAUGCAGGUGUGCACCCAGGCACAGGUGGUUGUACAGGCCAACAGGGUUGUAGUGGCAGUUGAACAGGCACAGGGAGAGGGACAGUUUGAUGUACAGAAAGAGACAAUGAUGCAGGAUAAAACGCAAGCCGGAGUGCGUGUAGGGAUGGAAUCGCAAGUAGACCCACAAAUGGACACAAAAGUUGACACGCAGGCAGACUUGCAGGCAGAUAAACGGGUGGACACAAAUGUGGACAUACAGAACAACGAAGACAUUAAGAAAGAAAUACAGGUGAAUACAGAGAUAGACAAACAGGUUAAUACACAGAUAGACAAACAGGCAGAAUUAAAGGUUGACACACAGUCGGAUGCACAUCCGGUCAUGCUGGUGAAGACAGAAGGAGACGACACGCCCCUACCAAAGGACUCGGUUGUGGAGACACAUACACAGCCAGAUAAGCAGAUGCAUGCAGUUGGCCAAGCCCUGGACGACACGCAGAGAGAGACCCGGUCACAAGAGAACACCCAAGUGGACAGGUUGACAAAGGAAGAGAUGCAUAGGCAAGCGGGUGUAGUGGAAGGAAGGACAUCAGACACACUGGUGGAAGCACAGGUGGACGUGCAAACACAAGCACAGGCAGCCACACAGGUGAGAGCAAUGGAAGAGACUGCAGAGUUGAACACAACUGUGGAUAAGGAUACACGCACUCAAACAGGCGCAGAGGCAAUUGUGCCAGUCGACCUGCAAAUGGACGCGCUGGCAGAUGCGCCGACAGAUGCGCCGACAGUUUCACAGACAGAAACACCGACGGACAUGAAGAUUGAUGUGCCAACAAACACACAGGCAGACACACCUGAAGACAUGCCAACAAGUGCACAGGCAGGUGCACAGGGAGCCAUACCAGAGGGGGCCGUGUCAGCAGGUGGGCCUACAAAUACACCAACGGAUGUGCCAGCAGGUGCGCAAGGAGGUGCACCGACCGCGACUAAAGCAGACGUGCAAGAAUGCAUCCAGGCAGGCAGCCAGUCGCCUACACAAAAGGACACACAGACGGGCACGCAGGUAGAGACGCGAGUUGGCACGGAAGAGGGAGCACAGAAGAAGGCAGCGGUUGGGCAGCUAAAUGUUCCGACGCUAAAUGUGGCCACACGUGCCGAGUCGUCUCUGGCGGAUGCCGUCCCGGCAGAGACCCGCACGAGCAGAGAGCCAAGGGUAGCCCUCUCGGACAAGCAGGUGCCGAAGCAUUUGGGGGAUCCGCGGAUGGCCCUGCACACGGAAGUACGACUAGGAACGCAACGGAUGGAAGCGCAGAGAAGCGUACGACCGGAAACGCGGAAAACGACGCGAGAAGAUGCGGCGAAGAGUUUGCAGGCGAGCGCGCGGGAUGACACUCAGCGAGAAACUCGCAAAAGCGCGAACCCCGCCGCGCCGCGUACCGACGCACUGCGGGCAGACACGAAGCGGACUGACGCCCCGGGUAGCUCGCAGAAGGUUACGCAGUCCGUCGUGUCAAAAGGGCAGGCUGGUACAUCGAGAACAGAAAGAGCCACACAGUCUGGAAUGCAUAAAACGCAGAGGGACACGAGGGAAGGCACGCAGAAGGUACCAAAGGACAUGCAGAGAGAGGGGCAGGCAGCCAAGCAGGCAGGUGCAGCAGCGUCGGCCGAUCGGGACACACAGAUGGGCACCCGAGCGGGUACGCGCUCCAACAUGCGGUCGGACUUAAGUACGGACACAAAGGCAGGCAUGCGGACUGGCACCCGGGCAGCCGCGCAGGCCGAGAGACGGGCUGAUGAGAGACGGGCCGACUACUCUCCCGCUGGCUCUCAGGCAUCAAGCGAGAAGGAUGCACGUGCAGUGACGCGGGGGAGUGACGCGGCACGAACGGGUACGCGGCCCACCGCCCGGCCCGGGGCGCGGCCUGGUACUCGAGCCGGCGCUCGUGCAGACGGUCGAGCGGCUGUCCUCCAGACGGAGCUGCCUGUGCCCGAGCGCAAUCGUGAGAAGGCAGCGGCGGCAGAAGGAGGCGCGACGACAUCGGCUCGGGUAGAGCGCAUUGGCAGCUCGGGUGGACAGACGGAGACUCCGGCAGCGGCUGGAAUGGCGCUCGGCAUGGAGGUGGUGGUUCUUGCCGAACGCGCGAAGCCUGGCGUGGAACGUACCAGCAAGUCGAGCGACAGAGCGUCGGAGCCGGCCGGAGCUGGCGCGACAGCCACACGCCAAGCCAAGACCUCGGCAGAGCAUGACGCUGCGAGGCUUGUGAGAACAUCUGCUUUGGGGCAAGCGACGGAUGGGAAGCCUGCUGCGGUACGGCGCACCGACCCGGUGGUGGUUAUUUCGGUGAAGGAUUCGCAGAAGUCUGUCGCCGGGACAGCCACCGGGUCCACUGCGAUGGCAAAAGCGCCUGCAAAACCGGGCGUGAGCAGAGCGGAGGUGCUGCUUCCGGGAGUCUUCGCACACAGGAAGCUGGCCGGGGCACUAGCGGGUCCAGCGAGGAUGGGUGUGAAGCCGCAGGACGCUUCAGUGAUCGGCCAGCGUGAUGCAUGCCCUCCUGGAGGGGAGGUGCUGGUGGAGGAGUCCGCUCAGAGGGACGGCAUCUCGCCCGACUCGCCUGCCUCCCCCGUUCAGACAAGACAGUCGCGUCGGAAGGUGCGCCGCGUGUUCGUCAUCGACGACGAUGACGACGACGAUAAUGAGGAGGAGGACGACGAGGAGAACAGCGACGACGAGGCGGAGCAGGAAGACGUGAAGCGGAAGCCAGCGGUGGACCGGGCGUCCGUCGUCUUUCUCGGUGCCAAAAAUCCCUCGCAGCUGGAGUCCAGGGACGAAGCCGCCACUCCAAAGAGGAAGACGACAACGGUGACAACGCCGACGGUCGUGGUGAUGAGGAGCGGCGUGUGUGCCGUGCGCAGCCCGACGGAUGAGCGCUGCGUCUUCUGCAACCGCGACGAGCAGAGCUCGCUGGGCCAGGGAGAGCUCAAGCGCUUCAACGCCACCCCGGGGCUGCUGACGCCUGUGCACUACCCGACGCAGAAGGGCGCCGGUGCCGCCACCGGUGCCGCCACCGGUGCCGCCGCCGGUGUCGCUGCCGGCACCGCCACGGCCACCGUCACCGCCACGACCAACGCAACGAGCACUGCCGGGGCAAGCGCCGUUGCCCCAGUCUCCGCUGCUGUCUCCUCGGCUGGUGGUGCCACCGACGCCGCCAGCACCGCCACCGCAAGUCUUGCCGUUGCGCCGCCUAGGAGGCCUUCGCAGCCAGCGCCGGCGCCUUCGGCGAGUGUGCCGCUCGUCAGCAAACCAAGGGACAGCCGAACGCCGGCACAGGCGCUCAGUGCCCUCGAGGAGCUGCAGCGCGUGGGACUUCCGGAUGAUGUAGCCAUCCGGGACCUGCUCAAGCCUACGGGCCACUGCUGGGCGCACCACUGCUGCGCCGCGUGGUCGGAGGGCGUGUGCCUCUCCCCCGAGCUCGAGCUCAUCAACGUGGACCGCGCCGUGCUGGCCGCCGUGAAGCAGCGCUGCCAGCACUGCCGCCGUCUGGGUGCCACCGUCAAGUGCUGGGUGGAGAGCUGCUCGCACAUGUACCACUACCCGUGCGCCGCCGUGGCCGGCACCUUCCAGGACAUCCGCUCCCUCGCGCUUCUCUGCCCCGACCACGUUCACCAGGCCGUGACCAUCGCGGGCGAGGAGGCAAACUGCGUGGUGUGCGACCAGCCGGGCGAGCUGCACAAUCAGCUGUUCUGCACCAGCUGUGGGCAGCACUACCACGGCCGCUGCCUCGAGAUCGCGCCCAGCACCGCCAUCCGCGCCGGGUGGCAGUGCCCAGAGUGCAAGAUCUGCCAGACCUGCAGGCAGCCGGGCGAUGACAGCAAGAUGCUAGUGUGCGACGCCUGCGACAAGGGCUUUCACACAUACUGCCUGCGACCCGCCAUGCAGUCCAUUCCCAAGAACACGUGGAAGUGCAAGCACUGCCGGUCGUGCAGCGACUGCGGCUCGCGCUCGGCAGGCGCGGAGCCCGGCUCGCGCUGGCACCGCGACUACUCGCUGUGCGAGCGCUGCCACCAGCAGCGCGCGAGCGGGCGCGCCUGCCCCGUGUGCGGAAGGGCACACGGCCGCCGCCCCGCGUCCACGCUCCUUGCGUGCCAGCGCUGCAGCAGAAUGGUGCACGCCGAGUGCGAGGAGUCCGGCGUGCGGACCGGGCUCGACUGCCGCGACUACCUGUGCCCGCUGUGCCGGCCCCGCUCGCUGGCGCAGAGGGAGCGGCCGAGGAGGCUACCGCCCCCGCCCGGCACGGCUCCCGGCGGCAGAGACGUCGUCCCCUUCAAGCCGCCACCAAUGGCGGCUUUGGCCGCGACGGCAGACCCAGCCUCCAGGAUCGCGUCGGGCUCUGGCUGCAGGGAGACAGACGCCGCCCGGCCGCCCUCAUUGCGCCUGCCGCCCCGGCACCGCGACCCCGAGCGCCCGGCGCUCCCUCAUCCCCCUCACGGGCCGAGCCUCGCCGAGCGGCACCGCCAUCCGCCCGUCGGCCCCUCCGCCGCGGGCAGCGACGUGGACCGUCAACGCGACCGCCACCCGGUGCGCCGGCCGUUCGGGCCGCCGAUGCCGGGCCUGCCUCACGGCGCCGCCGCCGGCGCCGGCGCCGCCGCGCUCCACAAAGCCAGGCUGGACGGUCGGGAGGAUCGCCCGCCGGGGCUGGGCCUCAACUUCACGGGGCCUCGGAGGCCGCGUGAACUUCCCCGCGACAAGAUGAAGUCACACGUGAAGCUGGAGCCAACGGGGCGACCGCCACCGCCGGCGGGGGGCAUAGCGAGGCCGCACGGCACCCCCCACGGGCACGGUGAACUCGCGUCGCGACCGCCGCACUCCGGGCCCUUCGGUCCCGGCGCCGCGAGGCCGGCCAAGGUGGUUCCCCCGCACGGGCACGUACCGGGCGGGGCGAGGCACGAGCCCGGCGCCACCGCCCUCGCCUUCAAGUACCACCCCCGUGAGAUGGGUCGGCCCAUACGCCCGCCGGGCCUGCUCCCACCUAACGCGCCCUCUGUUUCCGGCGCCGAACGGCACAGGCCCAGGGAGGCGCCGAGUGCCAGUGGCGUCGGCGCAGAGCAGCCGACGCAGAGGCACGGGGUGCCGCGUCCUGUCGACAGGGGCGUCGCCGGAACGCCGGGGCAGGCUACCGGAUCGAAUCCCCAGCCACUGGGCAAGAUCGCGGUGCCGGGCUCAACCGCUGGCACCGUGGCAAUGUCACGUCCCUCCGGUGCUGCUCCCGCGCAGUCCUUCUCGACGUCAGGCGAGCGGACAGCGCUGUCAGCUGUGCCGGUCAGGGAACGACUGGUGCCUACCAUUGGCGGCGGCGGCGGCGCCAGUGGUGGUGGCUGUGGCAGCAGCGGAGGUAGCGGCGUCAACAUUGGUGGAGCCCAUAAGUUUUCAGCAUACUCCAUGGCGUGCUGCUCAGGGACCUCGCAGUCGGUAAUGCCGCGAAUCGGCAUGGGGAAGCCGGCGAUCUUCAGGCAGCGCUUCUCCACUGGCCGCUCACGCAUCCGGCACCUGCAGGGUCCCAGCGUCGGGUUCCGUGGGAGGAGGUUCCCGAGGGGGGGUCCCGGAGGACACCCGCAGAGUAGGGGCCGUGGGCGAGGGGGCAGCUACCGCUCCCCCACGGGCAGCAUCACCACGUCCGGGGGCUUCACGCCCGAGGGCUCCAUGAAGAAGGAGGAGCCGUCGGAGGACGCGAUGCCUAACACGGUCGUUCUCUUCUCCACCAACGACAAGUACACGCUCAAGCAGGAUAUGUGCGUCGUAUGCGGCAGCUUUGGGCUCGGUGCCGAGGGACAGCUGCUCGCGUGCUCGCAGUGUGGGCAGUGUUACCACCCGUACUGCGUUGGAACCAAGAUCACGCGCGUGGUGCUGAGCAAAGGCUGGCGCUGCUUGGAGUGCACGGUGUGCGAGUCGUGCGGACUCACAUCGGACCCCGGGCGCCUGCUCCUGUGCGACGACUGCGACAUCAGCUACCACAUCUACUGCCUCGAACCGCCCCUGCACACAGUACCCAAGGGCGGCUGGAAGUGCAAGUGGUGCGUGUGCUGCCUGCAGUGCGGGGCAUCGGAGCCAGGCUUCCGCUGCGAGUGGCAGAACAACCACACGCAGUGCGCUCCGUGCACCAGCCUCUCCACGUGCCCCGUGUGCUCUCAGGCCUACCGCGAGCAGCAGCUCAUCGUUCAGUGCCGCCAGUGCGACAGGUGGAUGCACGGCUCGUGUGAGGGGCUGCACUCGGAGGAGGAGGUAGAGAAAGCAGCCGAUGACGGCUUCGACUGCUCCUUAUGCCGCCAGCAUUCCACAGUGUCACUCGGCAAUGCUGUGAGCAAAGUUGAGGCGACUUCAGAGAUUCUUCCCAUUGCCAUGGAACCAGAGCCGGCGCCGAGGCUGUACACGCAGGACGGCGUGUGCCUCACCGAAUCUGGGUUGCACCAGCUGCAGCGGCUGGCGCUGGAGCCGUCCGCGCGUCGGCGGCGCGUGCGAGCCCGUCUGCGGCACGGGGCGGUGCCCGGGGGAGACUCGAGCGACCCCGGCAGCUCCGACAUCACAAGCCCCCGCGAUGCCGAGCGCAGCUCCGAGCAGCCCCGUCGUGUGGUGACGACGGACAGACCUGACAGCCGCUCGGACACGCUGACCAGCCCGGAGCGGGAGGGCGCGGACGGUGGGAGACCGCCAAAGGAGGAGACGUCUCCCCGGAAGAGGAAGCUGUACAGGCCCGGUGUGGGGGGCUUCCUGGUGCGGCGCCGCUGCGGCUCCGGCUGGGCACGCGGGCGCGGGGGGCUCCUGCGCGGACGCUCCCUCUCGCUCACCGAGUGGGGUCCCUCGGCUGCCCGAACCAGCGAGGGCAGCGACGGGUGCAUAGAGCCCUCCACGGAUGAGGGGCUGCUGAGCCCGGAUUCGGGAAGGUUGAGAAAAAAUCACCCAAGGAAGAGAGCCCGGCUUGAAGACACCUUCCCUCCGUACCUUCAGGAGGCCUUCUUCGGCAAGAGCCUGCUGGACUCGGCGCGGGACCGGCCGCUCGACACGACCCCAGCCCUGGACGACGCGGCCCCCCUCUCCUCGCCGUGCCCCCCGCUGGCUGCUCCGUCGGCCCCCCCGGGGCUCGUCAGGGAGCCGGUGGGGGGCGGUGCAGAUGACGCGACCGUCGCCGAGGCCCACGCGGUCCCCGUGGCGACCGACUCCGCCAGCCACGUGAAGGCUGCGAUGCACGUUGAUGCGACUGAGGAUCCACUCACGGAGCUCUCCGAUGACAUCCUCGGGAUUUUGACGCGGGACCUGGGGCGGCAACCGGCAGACACGGACAAGGCGUGCGAGCCAUCGCAGCCUCCCCCCGCGUUCCACGCACGCUCGCUCGACAACGCCUUUCUGCCCAGCGACUUGGACCGCAUGGUCCCCGAUGAGCUCACGCACAUCGAGGGCAAGGACGUGGAGGAGCUCUUCACGGCACUGAGCUCGCAGGGCGAGGGGGCGGCGCACGCCGGGCCGUUUGGCUACGGCGCCAUGCACGCGAUGGACGUGCCGGCUUCCGGGCCCGUGGCCGGCGCCGCUGCCGGCACCGCUGGCGGCGGUAGCAGCGGCGGUGGUGUUGACGCGGUCACUCGGGCGCCGCUGGCACCGCAUGCCGUACACGGACCGCAGCCGCAGCCACUGCCGCAACAGCCGCCAACCAGUGGCGCCGUCGACAUCCUGCCUGAGCCCUUUCCUGGUUUGGCGCAGCCAGUGUUUUCAGCUUUGGGCAGCGGUGAGAAGCGCGCCACGUUCAGCCCCGCAGCGGGCUGCAGUGUGGCGUCGCCCGCGUCACCCUGGAGCGGUUCACAGCCACCCGGCGGCGACGAGCGCUGCGAGAGCGACGGCCUCUCCUACAACCAGCGCAGCGCGCUCAAGUGGGAGCGCGACGAGGAGCUCGGGGAGAUGGCCACCAUCUCCGCGGUGCUCUACGCCAACAUCAACUUCCCCGGCUUGCGGCACGAGUUCCCCGACUGGCCGACCCGCUCCAAGCAGAUUGCCAAGCUGUGGCGCAAGGCGUCGACAGAAGAGCGUGCCCCCUAUCUGCAAAAGGCCCGAGACAACCGUGCGGCACUGCGUAUCACGCGGGCACAGAGCGGCAUCAGGCCUCCCCGCAAGAAGCAGCUGCCCGAGACGGUCGACCAGUUUAGCCCAACGGAGCCCGAGAUCCCGGGGAAGGAACAUCACAGGCUCAAGGAGGUCGAACAGGAGCAUGAGUGGAAGCAGCGACAGGUGUCAAUACAGCGUCAAUGCAGUGAUGUCACUACAGCGCAAUGGCAACUGCGGCUGCAGAGCAAGCAGCAGGCGAAGCUGGAGGCCACGCAGAAGCUGGAGCUCGCCAAGCAGGAGCAGCAGAAGAUGAGCCUGCACGGGGAGGGCGCCGGCGACGCGGAGGUGGAUGGCGCAGCUACGGCGCCGGCCUCGGAAUUCCCGGACGGCGAGAGCUUUCCCAGCGCCGCCAGCCAGGCCGAGCCGGCCCGCAGCCCCUUCGCUGGCGACGGUGGCGGCGGCGACGGCGGCGGGGGGAAGCUGGCGCCGUUCUCCCCGCGGCCGCUGUCCAACCCCAAGGGGCUGAGCCUGGACGACGUGUUCGUGAAGCCGCGAGCGCCGUCGCAGCCGCGCGCGCCCCUGCAGCCACCGCCAGCGCACGAGGGCUUCCCGCAGGCCGCCGGGCGCCCCCACACCGAGCUCCCGCCGGAGUCGGGCUCUGGCUCCCGCCCAGCGUCGCCGUGGGACCCCUACCCUGGCGCGCCCGAGGCUCCUGCGUCCGCUCCCGGUGCCGCGACCGCGCCGGCGACAACGGCGACGUCCGCGACGACGCCGCCUUCCGCCGUCAGGAGACACUCGGCGCCGAACCUGGAUCCGUACGGCAACCCUCCUGGCACGCCUCGCCCCGUGGGGACGCUGCCGGCCGACUCCUACUUUGCGAUGCCCAAGACGCCGCAGAGGAAGGAGGAACCCGCGUUCCGGAGAGGGGCGGGCGAGCAGGCGCCCCGCGCCGCGCCACUGUGCGAUCCGUACGCCAAGGCGCCCGGCACCCCGCGGCCGUCGCCGAUCGCCGAACCCUACUUCAGGGCCGCCGGGCCGCCCCCGUCUCUCCUCUCCUCCAGGCCGGACGAGCUGCCGCCGCCGCAGCAGCAACAGCAGCAGAUGUUCAAGGCGCCCUUCCCAGCGCCGCAACAGAUGCCUUUGCCCGUCAUGUCGCCCAGCGGUGUUCAGCAACCUCCACUCGGGCAGCCAUGCCAGCCGCCUAUGGGCGUUUCCCCCGGAGGGUACGCGCCGUCGCCGUCCGCGAUUCACGGAUCACCAGUCCGGCGACCGCCCAGCGCCACCGAGCACUACGCGCAGCAGCAGCAGACACUGCCCACGUCCCCUUACGGACAGGCCGCAGGCGCACAGGGAACGCUGCCACCUGAUCCAUACGUGCAGGCACCCCACACGCCGCGGCCCCUUGUCACCUCCGACCCCUAUGCUCAACCGCCGGGGACACCCCGGCCUCUCAGUUCUGACCCCUAUGCACAGCCGCCCCACACGCCAAGACCUUUGACCUCCGACCCUUACGCACAGCCGCCGGGAACACCGCGGCCCAUGACCUCCGACCCUUACGCACAGCCGCCGGGAACGCCUCGGCCUAUGACCUCCGACCCCUACGCGCAACCUCCGGGGACGCCUCGGCCCAUGACCUCCGACCCCUACGCGCAACCUCCGGGGACGCCGCGACCAUUUGCGGCCGACCCCUACGCCCGCCAGCCGCAGUCGCAACCCGCGUUCGAAAUGUACGGCGACGGGCAACCAGUGCCCAGCGCGCAGUUCGCACCGGCGGCUGGGGUGACCCGGCAAACUAACGUCGAGGGCAAGUACUCGCAAGCAGGCACCGCCCCUCCCCGAGAGAUGUUUUCCCCGCCCACGACGCCGGGCGUCCAAUCGCAGGCACAAGCCGCUGCCGCUGCCGCCGUGGAAGCGUUGGAAGCCGGCUCGCGCGACAUGUUCACGCCGCCGCUUUCAGGCGAUUCCGUUCAAAUUCCCGGCCUCGCUUCGCCGACGACAGCGCCCGGAGGGAGUAGUGCGAGGAGCCUGACGGCGGCAGUCUCCGCGGCGUUGGGUUCCGUCUCCGGCGCGGGUUCCGGUGCGAUGGAGAUGGCACAGGCGAAGGCACGGGGCGGCUCUGCAUGCGUGCCGGGCGCGGUGCACAUGGCACAGCAGCAGGGGAUGGCGCCCACACGGCCUGACGUGCUCCCACUGCAGGGGAUUCUGGGACAGCAUGGCGCGCAGAGGCCGCAGCCUCAGGGCGCCGGUCCGCAGGAGACGGGGAUGCCGGGAGGUUCCGGGGUGAUGUUCUGGUCAUCGGACACCUCCCCUCAAGGACAGCCCAUGAACAAGCCUCCUCCACCUUACCCGGUACAGCAGGGCACAAUGCCGGGCUUCCGCAACCAGCAGCUCAUGUUCAGCCAGGUCCCUGGCCGGUUCAUGCCGGGCGUCGCCGGGGGCAGCCCUCGCUCCCCGUUCCCCAGCCCGGAGGGCCCGGGGGGCCUCACGGCGGAUGCUGCUCGUCUCAGACAGAGGGUCGCCGGCUCGGCGGAGAUGGCCUACUAUACCACGCGCGUGGGCGGCUUCCCAAGCCCCCAGGCCGCUCAGCAGUCGCCCUCGAGCCUGGCACCGCGCUUCCCGGGGGAGACCAGCGGCCUACGUCGCUCCAUCUCGCUGGACAUGAGCAGCCCCGCGUCCCACGCGGCCCCUCCGGCUCAACCCACGGGAAUGCCGGGGGCGGCGGUGCCGCCCCCCAACGGGCAGAUGGCCCGACCUCCCGUAGCCUUCCAGCCACAUGGCAUCGCAGGCCAGAUCAUGCACCAGGGCCAGUACUACAUCGAGCUGAGGCACAACCCGGCCAUGCGGCCUCGCCUGCACUUUGGCGGCGGUGGCGUCGGCGUCGCUCCUGCCGAGAUGCAGCAGAGGGCUGAGCAGCAGCAGCACCACCAGCAGCUUCAGCAACACCAACCGCAGCAGAACUGUCUACCAGUCCCGGCACAAGAGUCCGUUGCGCAGACAUGCGCCGAUCAAAACCUGGCGCCGUUCAUUCCCAAGCCGUGCCUCACCACCGUCGCUGGCACUGGUGGGGUUAUUGGAGGUGUCCAACAACAGCAGCCGCUGCCACCAAUGCAGCAGCACCACCAGCAGCAGCAACAGCAGCCGCCCCAGGCUUCUCCGCUUGCAACGUCGACGGCGGCAGCAGCGGCGCUGGCGGCCGAGCCCUGCACGGACGACAAGCUUCCGGAGAUGGUUCCGGCGGGCGGCGCCGAGAUGGACGAGGCGCUGGCCGCCCACAAGGCGCUGGAGGACGACGUAGACCUCGCCAACCUGAACCUCGACCCCGUGGACGGCAAGGGCGCUGGCGACCUGGACACGCUCGACCACCUGGAGACCAACGACCCGCACCUCGACGACCUCCUUAAGGCUGGCGAGUUCGACAUCCUGGCCUACACGGACCCAGAGCUGGACCUGGCCGACAAGAAGGACAUGUUCAAUGACCUGGCCCUCGCCGACCCGCUGGAGGACAGGAUGGAUGAGCACAAAAAGCCGGUGGACAAGGAGGAGGAGCAGGAGGGUGGAUUGGCGGCGGGGUCGAGGAUGGCAGCAAGCGAGCAAAUGGCGCAAGCGGCGGUGGAUCGCGAAUCCGACGAGAAGACUUCGCCCGACCCCGCGCGUACAGCAACCGGCGUGAAGGCGCCGACGCCGCAAGUGCAAGCGGCGGCGGCGGCGAAAGAGUCGCAGGCGGCCAACAUCGAGAUGGUGGAAGCGCAGAACAAGAGCGGCGGCAGUGCCGUCACUCCCAUUGAACCAGCAAGCGUGCCGGAGAGCGAGAAGGCUCGAACCCCUGAUACGACUGCGGCGACGACCGUGGCGGCGGCCGCGAGCGGCGACCGUGCAGACGACGCCAACCCCGUGAAGCAGGAGCCUGGCACGGCCACGGAGAAGUCGGAGGAGGCGGCGCCCGACGCUCUCCCACGAAGCUCCGAGGCUGCUGCGCCAGCUGAGAAGGCCGAGGGAGCCGAGGCGGCGCCGGCGUCCGCGGGAGACGCGGCCGGGCAGGCGGAGAUGGCUGCUCCCAAGGACGAGCCGGAAUCCGGCAAGGGUGGUGGUGGUGGUGGUGAGCAAGUCGGGGCGCAGCCAGAUUUGGCCUCUCAGCGACAGCAAGGGUUUUUUGCGAAUUUAGAUUUUGACAAGUUCGCCACCGACGAUAUAACGGACCCCAUAGCCAAGGCCAAGAUGGUUGUGCUGAAGGGCAUCAACAAAGUCAUGUCGCAGGGCUCCAUCGGCGGGCCGUCCAUCAACGUCGCUAACAGGUCCGUGUUCCCAGGGGAGGCUGGCUCUCCAGGCCCCCAGCAGGGUAUGCACACCUACCAGCAGCAGCAGGAGGAGAAUGGGCCCGGAGUGCUUCCGGUGUCCAGACCGGCCCCUCCCGCUUCCGACCACGGCGUCAUGAAGGAUGACGAGCGGCAGGCGUAUGAGGAGUGGCUGCUGCACACCAAGACGCUGCUGGGGAUGCAGCACCGCGCGCUCGAGGAGCAGGUGGGCGCGCACCGCAAGUCGAAAAAGGCGCUGUCGGCCAAGCAGCGCACGGCCAAGAAGGCGGGCCGUGAGCUCGCCGACGCAGACGCCGAGCAGCUGAAGCACGUCACCGAGCGCCAGAGCCUCGUGCAAAAGCAGCUGCAGCAGGUCAAGAAGCAGCAGAAGGAGCACGAGGAUCUCAUCGAAGAGUAUCGCACAAAGCAACAGCACUGCACAGGGGGACAGGCGGCUGGGCUGAGCCACACGGCUGCGUCGCCCUUCAACGCUCAGCCUGCAGGCGCUGCUGGUGCACUGCCUGGAGGCCACGUGACUCACAAUGUCGGCGUUAUGUCGCAGCAACAGCAGCAGCAACACCAUCACCUUCAGCAGCAGCCCCAACAGGUCGUGGGCAUGAUGCAUCAGGGGCAGCAGCAAGGAUCUCCCAUGAUGCAUCAGGGUCAGCAGCAGCAAGGAUCACCCAUGAUUCAUCAGGGUCAGCAGCAGCAAGGAUCACCCAUGAUUCAUCAGGGUCAGCAGCAGCAAGGAUCACCCAUGAUUCAUCAGGGUCAGCAGCAGCAAGGAUCACCCAUGAUUCAUCAGGGUCAGCAGCAGCAAGGAUCACCCAUGAUUCAGCAGGGUCAGCAGCAGCAAGGAUCACCCAUGAUUCAUCAGGGUCAGCAGCAGCAAGGAUCACCCAUGAUGCAGCAGGGAAAUACCAUGAUGCAUCAGAACCAGCAACAAGGAUCUCCCAUGAUGCAGCAAGGAAGUACCAUGAUGCAUCAAAGUCCGCAGCAGGGCUCUCCCAUGAUGCAUCAGAGUCCGCAGCAGGGGUCUCCCAUGGUGCAUCAGAAUCAUCAACAAGGUAUUCCCAUAAUGCACCAGAAUCAGCAGAUGCAUCAAAUUCGCCAGCAGCAGCCCGCCACUCCUGCAAUGCAUCAGGCUUUGCAGAAAGAAACUCCCAUGAUGCACCAAAAUCGCACACAAGGAAAUAUGAUGCUUCAGCCUCAGCAGCAAACAACUCCCAUGAUGCAUCAGACUCAACAACCAUCAGCUCCCAUGAUGCAUCAGUCUCAGCAAGGAACUCCCAUGAUGCACCAGGCCCAACAGCAAUCGACUACCAUGAUGCAUCAGGCCCAACAGCAAUCGACUCCCAUGAUGCAUCAGGCUCAACAGCAGUCAACUCCCAUGAUGCAUCAGGCUCAACAGCCAGGUACUUCCAUAAUGCAGCAGGGUCAACAACCAGCCACUCCCAUGAUGCAUCAGGCUCAGAGCCAACAGCAGCAGCAUCAAGUGCCGCAGACAAUCCCACCGCACAACCAAGGCGCCUCCACAAUGCAUCAGAAUCAGUCGCCGCAAGGCUCUCCCAUGAUGCAUCAGGCACAACAGCAACACCAGAAUUCUUCUGUUGCUGCUCAGCAGCAGAACUCUGUGCUACCCAUGAUGCAGCAGGCUCAACACAACCAGGGCCCUCCCAUGAUGCACCAAGCCCAGCGGCAUCAGGACUUGCUCACAUUGCAUCAGAAUCAGCAGGUACAGAGGUCUCCCAUGAUGAUUCAGCCUCAACAGCAGCAGCAACAGCAGCAGCAAUCUGUGCCGGCGUUGCCGCAGCAUAACCAAGUAGCUACCACAAUGCAGCAGGGUCAUCCGCAGCAAACGGCCAGUAUGAUGCAUCAGAAUCUGCAGCAGAGGGCUCCCGUUUUGCAGCAAGGAAUUCAUAUGAUGCCCCCCCAGGUCCAACGGCCAGGCAUGUCAACAAUGCACCAGGUUAAGCAGCUUGAUACUCCCAUGAUGCAUCAGGUGCAGCACCAGGGGAUGCCCGCAAUGCAUCCUGGUCAGCAGCAAGGAGUUCCCACGAUGCAUCAGGUGCAGCCGCAAGGGGCAUCCGUGAUGCAGCAGGGUCAACAUCAAGGAAUGGCCGUAAUGCAGCAGGGUCAACAGAGGUUUCCCAUGAUGCAUCAGGCACAGCAGCAACAGGCAGCUUCCUUGAUGCAGCAGCAGCAACAAAGGUUUUCUAUGAUUCACCAGGUGCAGCAGCAACAACAGCAGCAGCAAAGUCAGACACACCCUUCCAUGAUGAUGCAUCACCCGCAGCAACAAGGUGCUUCUGCCAUGCAGCAGGGCCAGCAGCAGAGGUUCCCCAUGAUGCAGCAAGGGCAGCAGCAGCAGCUGCAGCAGCAAGGAGGUCCCAUGAUGCAGCAGGCACAGGCGGCAAUGCCCCAGGGCCAUCACGGAUCAGCCAUGAUGCACCAGCAGCAAGCAGGUGUUGUCAUGAUGCACCAGCAGCAGCAACAGAGGCUGACCAUGGCUUCUCCGUCACAGCAAAACCUUGCCAUGCUCCCCCAACAGCAGCAACAGCAGCAGCAAAUACGAAUUGCCAUGAUGACACAGCCCAGGCAGCGGAUGGGACUACCUAUGAUGCAGCAGCACCAACAGCAGCAGGGAGCGCCAGCAGUCCCGCAGCAGAGCAGCACACACGUGCCGCUCACGUGGACCACGGCGCAAGGUGCUGGGCCAAACCGCCCCUUUGUCUUCCUGAGGAUGAGGCUACCGAACAGCGGUGGUGGCGGUAACGUGCAGCAGCAACAACAGCUGGGCCAGCCGACGCCGCUGGGAGUGAGCGGCGAUGCGCCGGGCCAGCCCACGUCAGCCUCGCCACAGAUGCCCGAGGGCUUCCAGGAUUCCAACGCGCAGCUCAUGCAGCAGAACUUUGGCAGGCAGAGAAUGGUGGGACCAGCACCGGCGAACGCCUUGGUAAUGCCUCACCAAACAAUGCAGGUGCAGACGUUUCCUCUGCAGCAGCAGCAGCAACAUCAGCAGCAGCCUGGGCACCUUCGCAAAUUGGACUUCAUGAUGUCGCCCUCGCACAAUCCAUCGUAUGCUCAGGAUCCGGCUCAGGCCUCCGCAACCGCUGGUGACGCUUCUGGAAACCCCGGGGCCGGCAGCAUGGGGCUGAUGCCGGGACCGACACCGCCGCAAAUGCGGCAGAUGUCCCCUUCGGGAGCGGCGCCGCAGCCGCAGUCCACCGCCGCGUUCUCCCCCUUUGACGGCAAGCCCAGGAUGCACCAGCUGUCGCCCGUGUACGCUGGGGCAGUCUCGCCGCUCAUCCAGCUCUACUCGGACAUGAUCCCCGACGAGAAGGGCAAGAAGCGGAAGGUCCGCAAGAAGACGGCGGGCGGCGGCGACCCGGCGACGGAGCCCUCGACGCCGGUCUCCGAGCUGCCGGAGCUGCACUUUUCCAGCGUGCCGUCGACGCCGACGCGUCCGGACCUGCAGUCGCCAUGGGAGGGCAGGAAAGAAUUCGACCGGACGGUGACGCAGCACAGGGCGGGCGAGGCAGCGUCGGCCGACGGCGUCCGUCGCCCGAGCCUGACGCCGGAUGGCGGCGGCGCGUACUCGCUCAAGGGUGGGACCGUCAAGACGGAGGUGCCGGCGGCGGGGCCGAUGGUGGGCGGCGCGGCGCAGUGCUACGACGGUGCCGACGGAGGAGGGGUUGCGUUGAUGGGCCCGGGCGGCCUGGCCAACUCGCACGGGCCUGGGCCGGACAGCGCUCUUGCGCAGAACCCCCGGGUGGACCUGGGCCACCAGCUGCUCAAGAAGCUGCUGCAGACGAGGAAUCCCGCGCUGGUGUCGGCUCAGGCCAGCCUGGGCACCGAAGACAAGGAGCACGUGAUGUCGCAGGCUCAGCAGCAGAUGUGCGCCGUGCCCAGAUACGUCGAGGCGUCCGUCACCGGCGGGGUCCACCUCAACGUGAAGAUGGGUGGCGCCGGGGACACCGACUGCGACGCCGCCAAGAGGCAGCUGGAGCUGAAGGGGAAGCGCGUGGGGCACCGGGGCGCCGACUCGCCCAUCCGCAAGCGCAAGAAGACCGAGGACGACCACAAGGACAUCGGCAUCGGCAAAGAUGCCAUCAUCCGGCAGCUGCAGCAGCUCCCGCUGCUGCCUCUCAUGGAGCCGGUGAUCAAGGUGAACUACGAGCUGUUCGCACCGUUUGGCAGCGGCCGCCUCAACGGAGGCUGCACUCAGCUGCGUGGCGCCUACGGUAGCGCCCUGCUGGAAGGCGCCACCGACUACUACACGCAGCUCCUGUGCGAGAAGAACGUCAGUGACCCUCCGACCCCGCCACUGUCACUGCCCCCGACUCCGCCGCCCGGAACCCGAGUCAAACUCCUCAACGGGUUCGCGUCCAGCGAGGAGGUUCCGUCCAAGCGCGGUGGAUUCCUGGGUCCCGAAGCGGCUGCGCUGGAGCUGAGCCGUUUCCAGGGAGCGCCGGCGUCGCCGUCCCGGGCCGUGGCGCCGCUGCUCACGGGGCUGGACGCCCGCGCCGCCGUGGCGCCCCACUGCGUGGACGUGCCCGCCUCCCUCCCCACGCCGCCACACAGCCACCCCGAGGACGGCCGGCUGCUGCCGGAGCCUCGCGAGGGCCGUGACUCACCCGACGGCGCGGUGCGGGCAUCAUCGCCCGAUAGCGUGGUACCGGCGUCGUCGCCCGACAGCGUGCUGGGACCCGACGAGCCCUCGCGCUUCCCGCACCUGUGGGACGGCGCGCCCAGCCCCGAGCGUGGCCUCUCGCCCGUCAUCCCCAUCCUGCCCAGCUCCACCAAUCACGUGGUGGCGCUGCUUGCCAGCCAGCUCGGUAUCCCCGCGCGAGACCCCCUCGCCUCGAAGGAGCCGGGCAGGGUCGCGCCCAUGUCCGGGGCUCCUUGGGACGUCCGCAACGACAGCGCCGUGUCCAUCACGCUCACACUGUCCACCGCAGCCUCCGAGGACAUCGCGGGAGUGGUGGCGGCCGUGGCGGGGCUCCUCCGGGUGAGGAUGCCGAGCAGCUACGAGAUCCGCGACUCGCCCGCUCUGCCGCCCUUCCCCCUGCUCGAGAGGCUGCACGCGGCGCCGGACGCGCGUGCCGGCCGCGGCGGCGGCGGCGGUGGGAUCCCCGUUCACAGAGCGACGCGGGCACCAGCUCGCACGUUGGUGAAGGAGGAAGCGGUGGUUGCCGGUUCCACCAGCGGCGCCGCGGCGACGCCGCCGGGGCACGCAGGGGCCAAGCCGCAGUGGUGCCGCCACUGCGACGUGUCGGUGUUGGACCCCGGCGUGCGCAAGCCGGCCAAGGAGCUCGUCGGGACGCCGCGUCAGGACGGCGCCGCUGGCGAUGGCUCAGAGAGCCAGGACUCGGACGAGGUGUUUUGCAGCAACGCUUGCCUCAUGCAGUACACGGUGGCCUUGCAAGCCAAGCAGGGUGCCCUGCUGGGUGCGGAGCACGCGCGGGGCCCGGGCGGCACCACGCACGCCACCCGCAACGUCCUCCUGCACCACUACAGCAGUGGCGCCACCUCCCUGUCGCCCAAAAAGCCCGUGCCUGGCAUCGCCGGGGUCGGCCGCAACAUGCCGGGCAACGUCACCGACCGAGCCCCGUGCCAGCAGCGCCACCCGGCCCCUCCGCCGCCGCCUCCACCUCCUCCCCCUCCUCCGCCGUCGUCGUCGUUGUCGUCAUCCCCAUCCUGGGCCCCAUCUACAGCUGCAGGGCCGACGGCUCAGGACAAGACGGCGCCGCCGCCACCGCGGACCGACCCGGAAAAGCCGCCGCUCCGGACGCGGAUCCGCAUGACGCGGCCGACGCCGGCGUCGGCCGAGACCCCCCGCUCCCACGGCAAGCGGUGCAAGGUGCUGCGCUGGCGCAAGUGGGAGGAGAGGCUGCUGACGCCGCGGCGCACCUUCAAGCCCGCCACGGACGAGGAGAUGGACGAGCUGGUGCGCAAGCUGGGCACGUCGCUCAAGCCGGCGCCGGCGCCGCGAGAUCGCCGCCGCUGCUGCCUGUGCCAGGAGACGGGUGACGGGCUGACGGACGGGCCCGCCCGGCUCCUCAACCUCGACCUGGACGUGUGGGUGCAUCUGAACUGCGCGCUCUGGUCGUCGGAGGUGUACGAGACGCAGGCCGGCGCCCUCAUCAACGUCGAGUCGGCGGCGAGGCGCGGCAACGCCACUCGCUGCGUCAUGUGCCAGCGCAGCGGCGCCACGACCGGCUGCCACCGCAUCCGCUGCGCCAACGUGUACCACUUCGCGUGCGCGCUGCGCGCCCGCUGCACAUUCUUCCGUGACAAGACGGUGCUGUGCCCGGCUCACCGGCUGCGCGGCGCUGCCGCCGAUGUAGAGCUGGCGUGCUUUGCCGUGUUCCGACGCGUGUUUGUGCAGCGCGACGAGGUUGCGCAGCUCGCGGGGCUGGUGCAGCGUGCCGAGCACGGACACACUUUCCGGGUGGGCAGCCUGAUCCUGCGCUCCGUGGGGCAGCUGCUGCCCCAGCACGCGGCAGCCUUUCACAGCGCGUCGGCGAUCUUCCCGUGCGGCUACGAGGCGACACGCCUCUACUGGAGCACGCGCUACACCAACAAGCGCUGCUACUACCACUGCCGCAUCGGGGAGGCUGGCGGGCGGCCGCUCUUCUCGGUGCGCGUCGUCGAGCAGGGCCACGAGGAGAUGUUGCUCUCCGAUUCUUCGCCCAAAGGCGUGUGGCAGAAGAUCCUGGAGCCGAUCGCACGUCUGCGCAAAGAUGCCGACAUGCUGCAGCUCUUCCCCGACUACGUGCGCGGAGCCGACAUGUUCGGGCUGUCUGUGCACGCAGUGCGGCGUAUCCUCGAGUCGCUGCCUGGCUCGGAGUGCUGCCUGCGCUACGUGUUCCGCUACGGCCGCAACCCCGUGCUGGCACUGCCCGUGGCCAUCAACCUGUCGGGCUGCGCCCGCACGGAACCUCGCCUGCGCGCCCACACCAAGAGACACGGCAACAGCAGAGCUGCAGAGGGAACGUUCGUCUCUGGUGUUCACUGCAGGCCCCACACGCUCACCAGCAACAGCUCGUCCAAGUCGUUCCAGAGCACUGUGACGGGAGACCUGACAGCGCCCUACAGCAAGCAGUUCGUCCACUCAAAGAGCUCGCAGUACCGUCGCCUGCGCUCAGACUGGAAGACCAACGUGUACCUGGCGCGCUCCAACAUCCAGGGCCUGGGUCUGUACGCGGCACGGGACAUUGAGAAGCACACGAUGGUGAUCGAGUACAUCGGCACCAUCAUCCGUAACGAGGUGGCCAACCGGAGGGAGGCACUCUACAAGGCACAGAACCGAGGCGUUUAUAUGUUCCGGAUCGAUGGGGAUCACGUCAUUGACGCCACACUUACUGGUGGACCGGCCAGGUACAUCAACCACUCGUGCUCGCCCAACUGCGUGGCCGAGGUGGUGAACUUCGACAAGGAGCGCAGCAAGAUCAUUAUCAUCUCGAGCCGCCGACUGCAGAAGGGCGAGGAGUUGACCUACGACUACAAGUUCGACUUCGAGGACGACCAGCACAAGAUCCCGUGCCACUGCGGGGCACCCAACUGCCGCAAGUGGAUGAACUGAACGGAGCGGGCAAAGGGGGCGCGUUCAGCCCUCCGCCGGCAAAUCACGACGUGAGUCUCGCCACGUCAAGAGAACCGCAGCGGCCUCGGUCCUCCCGCUGGGCCCAGGUGUACGGCGCCGUCCUGCGGGCCGCGAGGGGCGAGGAGGAGGAGGAGGAGGGGAAGUCGGCGGGCCACGUCGCGCGAGAUAAAUCGGGAACGGAGCUCCAUGUGUAAAAUACAAACAAACGGAAACAGUCGUUCCGACGAGAUGCGGGCAGAUGCAGUGGCGCGAGAGUCAAGCUAACGGUGGGAUGAGAGGCGCAAGGAAUCGGACUGGGCAUGAGCGGGCACGCACGCCCGGAGAGCAGAGGGCACGGUGGCAACGUGCAACCCCAUCCACUUGAACGUUAACUCCCCCCCCUGCCAACGAGCCUCUCCGCUCCCGCGCGCCGGGGUCAGACUCGAACCCGCCUGGUUUACAAACCUCCUCCCCUUAUUCAAAUCGUGUCGCUAAAAAGGGUUAGAAAUAGCUUUGUACUGCUUGGUUUAAGUAUUGUUUCAUUUUUUGUUUUGUUCCUAACGUGUAUUGCGUUGUGUUGUUAUUUUUUUUUUCACACGUCGGUAACGUAUUUGUUUUUUUUAUACCGAUUUUUAAAGCUCCUCCGCACGGUUAAACAAAAAAUAUUUACAAAAUAAAAAAAAACGAACAUUGAAAUACGUUGUUUAGGGUACACUUUGUCUGUAAUAAUAAUAACAACAAUAAUGAUGUUGACGAUGAUCAUGUGCUCGCGUUUGUUGUGUCUCUACGCCGCCAAAACGCACCGGUAAAUGUACAUACGAUGGACCAAACAGCUGUGCAUUUUUUUGAGCAAAAAAAAGAGAGAGAUGGGGCGCGCGUGGAAAGAAAAAAGAAUCUUAGAAAAACGAAAUCUGCCAGUCUGCACUUGUGGGUGGCGCCCAGAGACUCGGGAUCGAGGCGUCAACACUGGGGUCGACCCAUCAGGCACCCUGGAGGGAAUGAUUUAAAAACAAACGAAACGGCCAAUGCUGCUUUGCACUUCAGAGUAAACUCUUUUUUCCGUUUAUUUUAGUAUGUUUGUUAUUAUCUUUUGCUACUGUUAGAGUACGAAACGUUAAACACAAUGACGAUUGAUGAUGAUGAUGAUGGUGGUGGUGAUACUACCCGCUGAAUUUUUUUAUCAUCCGUUUUAAAAGGUUAGAUUAAGCAAGGGGUACAAUGUCAAGUGCAGGAUGAUGUGUUUUCAUAAAAUCAAGAUGUGUAAAAAAAAAAGGUUGUUUGUGACUUUGCAGAAGCGUCUUGAAGUCUACUCAGACCAAAAUCUUCUUAAUAUUAAUAACGAUGCAGAUAAUUAAAAAAAUGGAUACAUAGUGCGUGGGCGUUAUUUUUAGAGACUUAAAAUAUAAAAAAAAGCAAAAAAAUAACAAAAAAAAUGAAAAAUAUUAAAAAUGUUUGU